UGGCAAAAUGGUUUCUCAGGGGAUUCAGAUAAUCGGUAUAUCCAUGUCUGUGAUUGGCUGGUUCAUGGUCAUCGUGGUGUGUGCCUUACCCAUGUGGAAGGUCACCGCUUUCAUCGGCGCCAACAUCAUCACGGCUCAGACUAUCUGGCAGGGCAUGUGGAUGAACUGUGUAGUGCAGAGUACGGGCCAGAUGCAGUGUAAGGUGUACGACUCCAUGCUGGCUCUGCCGCAGGACCUGCAGGCCGCCCGCGCCAUGAUCAUCAUCUCCAUCUUGACGGGAAUCUUUGGAGUGGUCUUGUCGAUCGCUGGUGGGAAAUGCACGAACUGCAUCGAGGACGAGCGAUCCAAGUCAAAGGCAUGCAUCCUGGCUGGAAUUUUGUUCAUCGUGUCGGGGUUGCUCUGUCUCAUUCCGGUCUCCUGGUCCGCCAACACCAUCAUCACCAACUUCUACAACCCGGUGCUGAUCGAAGCUCAGAGGUUUGAGUUGGGAGCGGCGCUGUAUAUCGGUUGGGCGGCUGCCGCGCUACUGCUCAUGGGAGGGGGGCUACUGUGUUGGAACUGCCCGCCCAAACAUGAGCAUCCCCACUACGUACCCAAAUUCACACCUGUGAGGUCAACCUCCACGUCAAGAGAAUACGUAUGAGACAGUUCCUCUAAGGUCUCUUAAGGCCACAGGAGUUGUACAAAGGGAAAUGAUGCUUUAAACAUAUAUUCACUGGCAGUGUAAAUAAAGCAUGAAAUCACAGUUUGAGGUUUGAAAUCAAAAAAGGUUUUGAAGUCAUAAUAAGUCAUGCUCUUGUGCGGCCACAUUUUCUGAUGUUAAAAAUCUUUAAACCAAAUACUGAGUCUCAAACUGUCUUUCAGGGGUGGGACUCAUGAGAGGCUCUACAAAACGAUAUCACCAUACUGAAGUCACAAUACAGUAUUAUUACAGUUUUAGACAUGCUGCAAGAUGCUGAGUAUUGUGAUAACAUACAUUGCAAUAUGUUGCGGUUGAUUACCUUUUUUCAACUGUAAAUUAUGUCCCCAAUGGACAACAUUAUUAAGAUCUGUUUUAUCUAAAAAGAAAAAGCUUUUAAUCUGGCUAUCUCACCUCAGUCGCUUUUAUUACAGCAAAAUGCAUCUAGUGGAUGGAAGGCAAUAAUUUCUUGUUGUUAUAGACUACAAAAUGUCUCACAAAAAAACAGACUCACAAAAAACCCUAUUUCUACAAAAAUCUGUCUAAAAAUCAGUCUUAAAUUUUGUUAAAAAUAUUUUUGAAAAAGCAUUAAAUUUGUGUGUCUGAUACCUUUAGUCACCCUGUGUCAGUGGGGCCGUGAGAUUGUGCACGCUGGCUCACUGUCACACCCUGAUGGAACGAAGCCAUCAUUAUUAUGUUUUUCCUGCGUAUGAGUAUUCAAAAUGUUUUCUGUAAAAAAGCUUGUCUACUUCAACGCCAAAACAGGAACUUAGCGUAUGUUCGUGUCUUAAUCUAAAAUUAAAAUAUGUAAGAGCUCUUUAAACAGCUGAGUCCAUGUUAUAUUGUGACUGGUUUAGUAAGUAAGAUUUGAAACGUGUUUAUAAUUAGUCUAUGUAAAUGCUUAGUUUGUUGUGAGGAUUUCACAUGUAAUUGUCAUUCAGAUGGUUAACAUCUCAACAAAUAGGCAGAAAUGCAGUUUCCUUGAUGUAUAACUUCUGCUUAUCCAUGUUUUUCAUUGUUCACAUCUGUCUAAAUAACAAAAAU